AUGGCAAACCCAAUCGCAGCCCACAAACACUGGUUCACAAACCGUGCUCCGUGCAGCUUGAGUGUGCCCAUGCCGAACAUGAACGAGCCGGUAUCGACAAUCAGCACGUCGUCUGCCGUCAGCGUCGACUCCAGCUUGUUCGACAGGUCCACCAGGUUUAGCGCGUUGGCUCCCGAAGACCGCAACCCGCUGUUCAUCUCCACGUCAAAGGCUCCCAAAUGGAGCACCAGAUCGGCAUCCUCCAAAACACCGGCCAAUUGCUCGUUAUCCAUUCCUGCCUGGUACGUUCCCACAUACCCGGAAACGUCCUCGCUCACAAUUCCCUUGCCCAUGAACGUGUCAAACACGUUCGUCUUGCCCGCCAGCUUGUCUAGCAGCACGCCAAGAGCUCCCGUCAUCUUGCACCGCCCGAGCAGAAAGCUCGCCAACUCCAUACGUUGUCACCAUGACAGACAUUUUGUCGCAGGUCUUGGUGUAGCCGUCACAAGCAUACGCCGAAUUCAGUUCAUUGCAACAGCCAACCCAGUCCAAACCUUCCACAUCAUACAGAUGCUCCAGAAAGUUCAGAUUGAAGUCGCCGGGCACGCCAAACACCGACCUGAUUCCGAGCUGCCGUUACGUUCGUGUUCCUCAUUCCUUCACCUCACGUGCCUCCACAUAAUACCACGCCGUGGACCGCGCCAGCUUGAACGGAUUGCUGCUCUUGUCGCCAAAGUUCUGGUCGUUGACGACUUUCGACUCGAUCCGCGAAAUCCGUCCAACAAGCCAGUCCCGGUCGCUCAAGUCGAUGUACCCGUCGCCGUCCUUGCUGUUCUUCAGAUAGUAGUUCGGGCUGCCAAAGUUGAAUGCAGCCCACGGCUGUUCUUCGUCGCCAUUUGUUUCCUCGCUGGCUGGCGUAAGUGUUUUAAGGAAGAGAACAAGAUCCCCAACUUUAAAGUUGCGGAACGCAAUCUUGCCGUCCAGUUCGGUCGUCAGCGCCUUCAGCUCCUGUUUCUGCUGAUUCUUGUCCUUUUGCAAUUUCCUUGCGAGGGUCUCCACGUCGUUGAACCGACGAUACACUCGUUCAACGACCAGUUCGCUAUCGAUGUGGUUGAACCGCAAAAAGUUCUGGAAUCCUUUUUCAAUGUUCAAGCUCUCAAGAAAUGGUGUAAUUCAAGACAUUCAUAUCCACCCAGUGGAGAUACUGCUCUGCCUCAGGAACAACCUCGCUCGAAACAACCUCCAUCAGCGCAUUAUCGAUCUGAUCAGUGUCUUCCAGAACCUUUCACUCUUUUAAUCGUCAGAAGACCUGGCUGGUCCUCCACCGAUGUGGUUUCUCUGACCAGCAAUAGCCCAAUAGACUCCAGUAACAAACACACUCUUGUGAGGUUGCCAAAGAUCUCUCCGCUCAAUUGGUUCAGCUUGUUGUAUGACGCUUGGAUAAGCUCGUACAGACCGCAAAGCAACUGGUCUUUCGAAAUGAGUCUCUCGUUUAGCGACUUGUUUACAUUCACAAGAUUUGACUCAUCUUCUUCAAGCUCCUCAACCUUCAAUCUCAGCUCGUUCAGCUCCUCUUGA